AUGGGGUCGGAUUAUGUGCUCCUUCGUCGGCAAAAUAAGUUACGCCAGUGUUGUAUUUUCGUUACAAUAGUUGGAAUUGUCGCGUUAAUCUGCCUUUCUGUUGGAAUAGCCCUUAUAGUUCAAGAUAAAAAACGUGAAGACUGCGAGCCACGAAAAGCGGAAUCACAGGCUAAACCAGAUCAGUGUCAAUAUUCAGAAGAGGCCAAAAGAGUCAAACUUGAAGAUUUCUUGCAGAAAGCACAGGCGAAAUAUUAUGAGCUUAAUCCUCAUAAGAUCGCACUCAAGCCGGGGGUUAAACCGGAUGAGAUUCGUACCAAAUACCGCUCCUACGACCCAUCACCAGCAAACAUCAAACGGAUCACAGAUGAAGCCCUAAAGAUCGCUAAAAAUCUUGAAAAUAUGAAAAUAGACAUGAACAAACUGACGCUGCGAGAAAAGCGAGCUGUGUCCCAGAUAUUGCACUGGACCAAACAUGGCUUCCCGUUCAUGGUACCUUACUUGUACAACUACUAUGUCGGUGACUGGAUGAUGGGAGGAGAUAUAUUUUGCUGGAGUCCCAUAUGUAUUGUUCCUGAUGAAGUCAAGGCAUCCUUAGGGCAUUUCAAGAGCUCGACAGUCAGAGAAAUGGAGAUUCUUAGAGACAAACUCAAAGAAAUAAAACAUACUUUUGAUCGGUUUGUGGAGAACAUGAAGUUAGGUGUAUCCGCUGGCAUGGUUCGCACAAUGACAGAAUGCAAGGCUGCAUUGGACGCUUUCAAGGAUAAAUUCAGGAAUGUCGCCAAUAAUGGUCCAAAAGGUAAGGAUUUUUUUAAAUAAAAGUUUAAAAAGUUCAGUUCUUUGAGUGUCAUCAAAAUUAAAUACUGUACUUCAAACCCUACGCUAAAACUAUGUUUUUCAUAGUUUCAGCGUAGUUUGACUAUCAAUUUUCUUUGUCUCUAAUACCCUAAUCACACAUAAAGUUAUCUUUGAAUGAUUAAGGAUAGAAGACCUACAGCCUAGGAAAUUGAAGUUUUUAUGCUAGAGACGUUUAAGUCGUCUAGACGCAUUUAACGUCUGAGACGUUAACGUCCUCUGUUAAGUGCGUCGUUCAAACCGGCUAACAGAAGACGUUGAAGUCAUCAGACGUUAAAUGCGUUUCUCUUAUUUACCGUUUUUAUACUAGACGUUAAGGUCGUCUUCAGACGACUUUAACGUCUCUAGCAUAAAAACGGUUAUUACUCAUUCCCGUGUAAUUAAGAAUCAAACAGGUUGAAAGCAUUUUAACCCAAGUUUUUUAUUUGGACUGCAACAUAAAUCAGUUGCCAAAACAAAAAGCUUUAUUACAGGAAUAAUAAUUGUGUGGUCACACACAUUGAUUUCCACACGCACACACACACACAAAAAAAAACAAUGAAAAUUAAACAACUAUCAUUAUCAUAUCUAAGCCGCCGCUUUUUCGUGACAGAGCUGUUUCGUUUAAAUGUACAUAACGUAGUCAUCAUGCAGCCAAAAGCCGCUAUCUUUUUCCUAUUUGCACCGUUUUUGUCAUAAGUAAGAGCGAGUUUGUGAUUGUGUUGCUAUUUUGAAGUCAUGCCUGCGUGACCAGAGACUAGGACUUCAUUGUUGUGAGCUUUUGAUACAUUUUUUAGCUUGAUAAUAUUAAUACUCAAGACAGCGGGGUCUUUUUGUCUUCCAUGGUCUGACGCACUACAGCCAACAUCAUUGAGGAGAAAUAAUUAAGUCCAAUAGCUUUCAAUAGCUCAGUUAGGUAGCUUCUUUAUCAUUAGAAUAACCGCACCUUUAGAAGCUCGAAAGUAAAACAAAUAACAACAAUUUCAAUAAACUCAGUUUAUAAAUCUAAAUUUUAGAAGUCAUACGCCGUGGUCUUUACAUUUAUACAGGAAUCUAUAAAGCAAGCUUCUUAAAGCCGUUGCUCGAUGAAAGCUUUAUCUCAGACAUAAAGAAUAACAGAGACUGGCCAGCAAAGUAUCAAAAGUCUGUCAACGAGUCCCUUUAUGAAUUCAUUCUGGAUUAUGUUGGCAAACCAAUUGAUGAUAUGCUCAGGUAAGGUGUUUAACUAGUAUCUACAGGUCCGUUUUGUAAAGUAAUUUCCAAAGAUCCAUGGAGCCUGUAGUGCGGUGCAACUUUUCUUUGGGGUGCAGGGGCGAAUUGUUGUGGACGAUUCACAGGAAGGCAGAGAAGUGGAUGAAAGGGAGUGCUCGCACUUUGAGUGGCGCAAAUUUAGUUUUCAAGUUUAUGAAAGACUUACAAUCGAUCUUUAAAAGACCGCUUAGCCUGAUGUGCCAACAGUGCUUCUCUAGAAUACUAGGCCAUUUGCACUAAGGCGUCAUGUGACAUCGUUUUUAUGAAAAUGAAAGUUACAUGAUUUUGCUUUGCCUUCGAAAAACGAUUAGUGGGGCAUAUCCUAAACAACAUAAAAGUGAUUUGGUUUUUCAAACCCGCAACAUUUUCUUUACAAGAGUAAGCUCGUCGCUGGUCAGGUGACCAAAUGUGAUUUUGCAAAUUACGAAUUACCUCUUUCUGAACACAAAUUUUGCACUUAAACUUCAAGGGAAAAGUUGAAAAAAUGAUGUGGUAAUGUUUACAGCACAUCUGAACGUAACUAUCAAGAGUUUAACAAGGUUUAAGCCAGAAGUAGUUUUGGCCGCCAUGUUGGAGGGCAAGAGUAUGUCCUCCAACAUGGCGGCCAAUACAAAUCAUAUUACUUUGUUGAAAAAUCAAAGUGCCAUAAAAUAUCUCCCUUAAAUGCUUUUCCUCUCAAAUUUCGGUUGUAAGAUAAUUUUUAUGUGCUUUGCUAAUUUUUGGCAUCAGCAGCCUAAAUUCCAACUCAUUAUUUAAAGGAAGCAUUGGUCACGUGACCACUUAGUGCAAGUGGCCUGUUCCCUUUAACUUUUAUGUACUUACGGUGGCCAUUCCUUAAUAUACGAAACGCGCGCAUUCCUUGAUCCAUGAGCUAAUCCAUAACCAAAAUCAAGCUUGACUGUACCAGCAGCGGAUUUGAUAAAACGAGGAUAAUUCAGACGAUAAGCGGCCUCGUGUAUUUUUUGUGAAAAAAAAAUUGUUAUCAGUAAUUCGACUUAUUUCCUUUUCGAGUACUUGAACACUGGACUACUGCCCUUUUCACUUUCCUCAUCAGUCUUCCUCUGCUUUUAAGAUCAAAGAUGGAUGGCACCUAUACGAAAAAAAAUACUGAGUGUUCGUUGGAUGGAAAAGCCGCCAGCACUAGCAGCAGUUUCUGUGCAUAUAAGUUUUGUACUGUAAACAUGAUUCCUGCACCUUCUAUGGAGAAGCAACGGAAAACCUGGUUCACCUGUUUUGGAGCUUUUAGCCUUUGGGAAAGACUGCUAUCAAUGGAUAAUGCAAAACACCUCCAAAGUAGAAAAAUUCACCUCUCAGGAACUCUCUUACUUCGUUUAAUUAACAAUGUAAACAUAAUUUUCUUACUGUUGAUUAAUAAUAGGUAGCUCAAAGAUUUAAGAGGAGUAUUGUAAUAGCCUCUCAUUUGAAACACUUCAUCAAUAGUAAUGAGGGGACUGAUUGGUUUAAAGGCUACUCCUAAUUCUUAUAGUUCUGUCAUUUCUAAUAUUACAAAUACAUAUUAAAGAGACCUAGAUCUUUAACAGAUUACUUGCGCCAAGAUAAUGAAUCGUCUUUGUAGGUACAUAGAGGGAGAUCACCUACAGAACUGUGCACCGGACACCGUCUCCACAGGAUUUGGUAGCUUGCCGCUAAGUUACGUUUACGUCAAUGGAAGACAAACCGGUACAGUGACCACUGGAAAACUUCCCACGGGGGAGACACUGAAUGGAAAGGACUCCUACAUAAAAUUACUUCAGCAUUUUACCACCACUUCUGAAACGCCGGAUGAGAUUUACAAGCUUGGUGAGGAAAUGCUCAAUAAGCUGUAUCCCGAGGUACGUCUAGCACCGGCGUCAGGUUUUUUCCAAGGUUUAUUUAGUAUUUACCAAAACAGUGAAUAGUAAUUUCCGCGCGUUUUGAUUGACUCCCAUAACUCGGAAUACCCUUCGCGACAGCAGUGAGCUUACAAAACAGGAAGGCAGACUACAGCAAAAUGUUUGUGUGUGACAAGCUUUACAGGGCUAUUACUUGCGAUAUUUUUCGUGAUCUCCACUUAACAAUACUACGUUCUGGUUCAUUGAAAAAUGAUCGCUUAAGAUGAAAGUAAAUUUUGGCGGGAAUUUUUUUCAAACAUAAUUAUUGUCAUGCUUGUCACACAAGCUUUGUUAUCUUCUUUCAUCCACCUUUCUUUUGACCCCGGCGCACACAAAUGUUUACCAGUUAGGCUAGUGGCUAGGUCAGUGUAAAAUUGUGCAAUUUAUAGCCUUUUUUCUUUUAAUUCUCUAUUCGGGCGGACCCUUGCAUGGGUCCUUGAGGUCUCGUUCCUGCUUACCACUUUGGGUCUACAACUUUUUUUUUCUUUUAUUCUCAUUUUUUCUUUCUUUUUUUCUUCAAAAAGUUUCUGCGUAAUUAUGUAUAAGGUAAUGAAACCAAUACAGCAUAAAAAUAGUUCUCGAACCAUACGCUUUCCAAUCCUUGUGCGGUGGCUAAUCUACCUUAUCAACUCACAGUUGACAAAACCAAACCCUUUAUGAAUUAUGAAAGCGCUCGCUGACAUCUCUAAUUCUUUAAACAGGUCGUAGACUUAGCCAAGAAUAUCACCAAGGAAAGUGAUGAGAACACAGCAAAACAGAAGUUUAAGACACUGAUCAACAGUGCCAACCAGUUCUACAACGAUGGAAUCAUACCGGCAAAUGAAUCUGACGCUAACGCACACAAGAUGUGCAGUGACUUAAAGGGUUCACAAAUGUAUUGUCCUAAAAGGACCGCGGCGAUGAAAAAAUGGCAAUCCCACGCUAAAGAUGUAAGCAAGUAGAAAUCAAUUUGAAUGCUACAUACCGUAUUUAUUCGAUUAACCGCCCUGGGCGCUUAUUAAAUUUUUGGACCUUGAGAGUGGGCGCUUAUUCGAGGUGGGCGCUUAUUCGAGGCUGGGCGCUUAUUAAAUUUUCACCAUUUUCAGCAAGUGAAGUAUGUUUAUUUUGCAACAAAACAAUAAAUGCUAAUAACAAAACGCGAAGAAGUAACAAAGCAAGGUUUCUGUAAAAUAUCAAGAAAACUUUCCUCACUCUGUUAGAAUUUAUUCACUCAAAAAAAUUUGAGUUUGAUUGGGUGAGGAGGGGGUGGGCGCUUAUUCGAGGCUGGGCGCUUAUUAACUUUUUCUGCCAUUAGGAUGGGCGCUUAUUCGAGGUGGGCGCUAAUUCGAGGUUGGGCGCUUACUCGAAUAAAUACGGUAUGUGUUUUCACUCUGUUCUAUUAAAAAAAGAAUUUAUGUCAGUGCCACUGUAUUUAGAAUUAAAUUACUUAAUCACUACUUGAGGGCACUAUUUUUACUUCUCCUACUGGGGAUGGGACCACCGUGAUCCCCCUAUUUUGCGACCCAGCCUCAGGAAUCGAACCAGCGACCUCCCACUCUACAGUCAUGCCUUGACCGUAGGGCUCGGAGAUCUCUGCUGACUCUGGAAAUGUGGAGGCAUAAAAAGAGUAGGAUAUAAAACAUUUAAAGAGAUAUGUAAAAUUAACCUCUUUUAUUGGCUUUUUUAUUAAUUUUUUCAGAUUCUAGCCACUCUACAUUACGAAAUAGCAGGCCUGUUUUAUUAUACCGGACCUUACAAGUCCACUCCAAGCUGUCCAGUAAAAAUUGCUAUCGACUUCAAUCCAGCCAGUGCAGUGCCCUUCUACCAAUCCUCGAAUGCCAAAUGCUCCAAAGUAGCUGCCUAUUAUAUGCCAUUCUUUUUAGAUAAGCCUGGACCUAAGUAUGAAACGGUCUCACUGGCGGCGCACGAAGCAAGGCCUGGGCACCAUACUCAGGUCAGUGCUGAGACUCUCCUAUCACCAAUUUAUAAGUAGGACGUCAACCUCGAUCUGAGGGAUUUCCCUUUAAAGCCCUGGGAACGAAAUUACGCAGAUGUGUUUGCAGUUUCAAAUUAAUUGUUUAUCAGAUUUUUCAUUUUUGACAUAUUUUUCCCAAAGUCACGAUCAGCGGACUCGGAGUACAUACUUUUCUAUGACAUACAGUGAGCAAUUUGUUUUCUGAAAUAUCUCUAUGCUUGCUUUCUUAACUCAGGGGCCCAUAACCCGGAGCGAGCAACUCCCAUACUAGGCCUAUGUCACGGCGCUUUUACGGACCAGUUUAUUUUUAGACACAUUUUAGGGCACUUUUUCCCGCGAAAAUAGAAUUUCCACUACGACUAUGAGCGCAUUCGAAGUAUAACAUAUCAAAAAGGAAAACUAAACGUUAUUAAAAAGCAUUUUUAGGUCUGUACGUUUUGCUGACUAGUUCGUGGAAUUUAAAAGAUAUUCAAAAUUCGCGCUAAAACCGUUCUAAAAAUAAUGUGGUCCGUGAAAACGUCGUGACAAAAGCGCAUAGAACUUACUUGUUAUGGGCUCCUGCUUAACUAUUAUAAAAUGACGAUACCAAGACCAAGACAUGAAAAAGUUUGCCUUCAAGUCGUGUUUUUACAAUAAGAAAUAAUAACUGUUGUUGCUGUUGUUGUGUUUUUGAUCACAGGUGCAGGGCUACAUCGAAAACUUUAUAGAGCCAUGUGAAGGACCCAUAAGCUGGAUCGCUUCCAGCACACUUUACCUGUCAUUUUCAGAGGGCUGGGCACUUUACUCAGAAAAUCCAAUUGUCCCUGAUUAUACCAAAUUGUACGAAGCUGAUCCAAUAAGCAAAUAUGGGAUGUUAAAAUGGCAGGUAUAAAUAGUCAGUAUUCAUGUUCAUGCGAAAUGACUGUUUGUUUGCUUUACGUUUUACCCCACUUUAGGGUGACAUGACUUUUUUUCUAGUUUGUCACAUAUUGUCGUCCAUAUCAUCUCAGAAAUGAGCUAUACUAUCCAUGAAUUUUGUUAAAAAUUAGUCUGUCUCCUUUAAUACGGUAGUACAUUUUCACUAACACCGGAUAAUAUCUUGUAUUAUUUCCAAAAUUAGAAAGCGAGGAAGUACCAGUUUCUGCAUAUUUGGAUCAAAUUCCAGUGGAACCAGGGAUUUAAAUAUUUUAUACUACUACAUGAGAAAUUUCUGCAAUUUGAUCGGCUUAGAGCAGUGGUAUUUCAGCUUAAUUUAAAAUACCUAUAUGUGAAAAUUCCAAACCUUUCGUAGGUAAUAGUAUAAACAAAUAAUGACAUGCGUGAUAUUUGGCAUAAAUACUACUCGUGAUAUUUCAAAAUUGUCUCAAGUUUCACUCGCCUAACGGCUCGUGAAAUUACGUAUAACAAUUUCGAAAUAUCCCUCCUGGUAUUUAUGCCAAAUAUCACUACAAAUCAUGCUAUUACCUAUACUAACUGAAAAAAGCAACUGACAAGUUUAAAAUAUGUAUUACGAUUUAUUCCUGGUUGAUUUUGAAAUCAACUCGACUGCUGAGCAUAAACGAUUAAAAAAAAACAGUUUCGGUUACUCAAAGAGAAAAAGGUAGCCGGGAAAGGAAUCCAGAACUUUCGAAUUAUACGAUCUAAAGUUACAAAAGAUUAAAAAUUUUUUACAGGUUUGGAGAGUGUUACGCCUGAUGAUGGACACAGGCCUUCAUUACAAGGGAAAGUCACGUGCCUGGGCGUUGCAGAUGUUUGAAGAGUACGCAUGGGAUACAAGUGACGUGGCUUCAAAGGAGGUGACUCGUUACCAGAGCCUUCCUGGACAAGCUGUCACUUAUAUGCUUGGACAGUUGUUUAUUAUUCGAUUAAAAAAGAGAGCACAGGAGGCUCUUAAGGAAAAAUUCAACAUCAAAGAUUUUCAUUAUCAGGUAAUUUAUGGUCGAGCAAGUUAGGUCAGAUUGUAAAUGUUACUCUAAGCUUGCUUCUCAUAAUAAUAAGGCUGUAGUAGUAUUGUAGUACCCGAAUUAUUCUCUUUUCUUGGCGAGUGGACCAGUCAGCGCCGGGGAAAGCAUGGGAAAACAUUUAAACGUCGUUGAGGAUAUAGUCUACUAUCUCGCUAAUUAACGUUUGGAAAAAAAACAAUUAAACGAUUUUAUUGGUUUGUCAAUGGUUUCAUCUAUUGCAAGAACUCAAUAAAACUUGCUUAUUCACGUAAAAGUUGAAGUGAUUUUCACUAAAGUACGACCACACGAUUAGUAAAGAGGCUACAGAAAAUUAGACCAUGACAAUAUCAUUUUCCAGCAUUAAUGAAGUUUUCUCAAAACUUAUAUGGCAAGAUCCCUAAAUGUUUCGUAUAAGGAUUCAUUCAGCAGUUUAUUUCCAUUGAAUCAACUAAAAUUUCUUUGUUCUUUGUUGCUUAGAUCCUACGCCAAGGUCCGUCACCUCUUAGUUACCUAGAGGAGAGUAUCAACAAGUACAUUGCCUGUGUGAAGAACAAAAACGAGAAAGAUUGUGAUGAGGUUAUGAAUCCUCCAUUCCGGGAUCAGUCUGGCGGAUCACAAAAUAAUCAUGUAGAUAUGUUAAGUCAAGUGAGUGUUUCUCCGUGGGUUAUGUGA